AUGGUCUUGAAAGUAUGUUUCGCCCGAGAGCUUUCUUCUGAAUCCAUCUCCAUUUCAGAAGACAAUCGAAGAGGAGAAUAACUCGGAAGUUGCUCAGAAUCGGAAAAGAGCAGGAAUCGAAUGGUCGGCGGACAUUGAGGACUGGAUCUGUUGCUUUCCGCAGAAGUACGCGCUGAUGGGCCUCUGCGUGUCUCUCGUCAUCAUCUCGAUCAUCAGCUGGAUCGGUUCCGGAUACUACGCCUGGACCAUCUGGACCGUGCUGGCGACUAUCUUUUUGGGUCUCAUUGUCUUCAUUCCCGACUUGUUUGGCAAUCUUCUCAACCUUUGCCUCAAUUUUGUUUGCUGGGUGAGUGUUUGAGUCAUUUACUACUGAAAGGUAUUUCAGGUUGCCUUUUUCGUUCUUCUCUUCGUCAACUUCAUUCAAGUGUUUGUUUGGAAGGGAUGGGUGACAGACUCGAAUUUGUCGAAUGGUCAGUUUCGGAGAGAUCGUAUCCACAACGGGGUAGGUUCCAGAAGAAAAGGAAAGGCAGUGGAGCCAUCUCAACUUCAUGCUCGCGUGCAUUCCCCUCGAAAUGCUCAUCACCGCCGCCAUCUGUUUCUUCCUCCUUCGCUUUGUGAAGUUCGCCUACGACAACCGAUAA